AUGCUCACGUAUAACGUCGCCAAAAAGCUUCUUGAUAACACAGAGCAGGCUAAACCAAACUCCAGUGCCAAUGCCAAUGACAAUGCUGAGAGUAACGACAAUGCCAGCACCAAUACCAACCCUCUCGCAAACUUGAAUCCCCUCGACAAGGCUAAUCCUCUGGCCAAAAUUAACCCCCUGGCAAAUGACACUCCCCUUGCCAAACUCAACCCCCUGGCAAAUGACAAUCCCCUCGCCAAAGUCAAUCCUCUCGCAAACGGCAACCCAGUUGCCAAACUCAACCCCCUCAACAACAUUACCAAUGGCGGGGCUACGAAUGGCCAAACGGCUACUCCGUAUGAGGCAGGCGAGUCCUUCGGGGAUUUCCAGGCUGCAUCCACGGGCCUGCUGAAUGACCUGACAUCGACGGGGCUCGGAGGAAUUUUCGAAGCGGCGCAAGCUUUGCUCACGACGCUUGAGGAGAAGAACAAAGCAGAAGAUGACAAGAACAUGCAGAUGGAAAAGUUGAUGGCCUUCAUGACCAAGAUGCCGAGAACAUCCAAGACACGUCAUGAGUUGUCGAUGAAGACGAUUGACAAGCUCUGGAACAGCAUGCAGCACCCUCCCCUGAGCUACCUGGGGGACAAGUACAAGUACCGAACGCCGGAUGGAUCAUACAACAAUGUUCUCAACCCAAGCCUCGGACAAGCCGGCACCCCAUACGCAAAGACGGUGAGGAGUGAGAAGAAACUAGCGGGAGUAAAGCCAGAUGCCGGGAUGUUGUUCGACCUUCUCCUGGACCGAGACAUGGGAGAAUUCAAGGAAAACCCCGCCGGUCUCUCCUCAAUGCUGUUUUACCACGCCACCAUCAUAAUCCACGACAUCUUCCGCACGAGCCGCAUCGACCAUAACAUCUCGGAAACAAGCUCCUACGUCGAUCUCGCCCCCCUCUAUGGCUCCAGCCUCAAAGACCAACAAAAGAUCCGCACGAUGUCCCGCGGCCUCCUCAAACCCGACACCUUCCACGAGAAGCGUCUUCUGGGCCAGCCACCCGGUGUCAACGUCCUCCUAGUGCUCUACAGCCGCUUUCACAACUACGUCGCCGAGAUGCUGCUCCAGAUCAACGAAGACGGCAAGUUCGCACUCGGCCCCUACGACACCGACGAGGAGAAAACCAAGGCCAUCUUGAAGCAAGACAAUGACCUGUUCCAGACGGCUCGGCUUGUGGUGGGCGGGCUGUACGGUAAUAUCGCGCUGCACGAUUAUUUAAGGGGGUUGACGAAUACGCACGCCACGACGUCGGACUGGACGCUGGAUCCCCGUCUCGUGGGAACCACGUACUUCGACCACGACGGCGUGCCCCGCGGCGUCGGGAACCAAGUCUCCAUCGAGUUCAACCUGCUAUACCGAUUCCACUCUGCCAUUUCGCAGCGGGAUGAGAAAUGGCUUAUUGACUUCUUCAACAAUGAUGUGUUCCCGGGCAACACAAAGCCAUUGCAUGAGUUGGAUCCGCGCGAAUUCAUGGACGGAUUGUUUCGGUUUGAAGCUUCAAUUCCCCUUGAUCCGGAGAAGAGGGAGUUUGGCGGGUUAAAGAGGGGGGAGGAUGGCAAGUUUAGAGAUGAGGAUUUGGUGAGGAUUCUGAAGGAGAGUAUCGAGGACCCUGCUGGGGCGUUUGGAGCGAGGACUAUUCCCAAGGCGUUGAGGAUGGUGGAGGUCUUGGGGAUUUUGCAGGCGAGGAAGUGGGGUUGUGCAUCACUCAAUGAGACGCGAGACUUCUUCAAGCUCAAGCGCCACCAGACGUUCGAGGAUGUCAAUCCGGACCCGGAGAUUGCUGGCAUUCUGCGGAACUUGUAUACACACCCGGACAUGGUUGAGAUGUACCCGGGCAUGUUUAUCGAGGCCGCGAAACCUGCCAUGAAUCCCGGAUCGGGAGUCUGUCUCCCGUACACAGCUAGCCGGGCCGUUUUCUCCGACGCCGUGACUCUGGUUCGGUCCGACCGCUUCCUAACUCUUGACUUCACGGUCGAUACCUUGACCAACUGGGGCUUGGCCGAAGUGACCCAAGACUAUGACACUCUCGGCGGCUCCAUGUACUAUAAAUUAAUCCAACGUACCGUGCCCGGCUGGUUCCCCUACAACUCCCUACACGUAAUGCAACCGCUCUUCACCCGUGCCCGCAACGAGCAAAUCGCCCGCAGCAACGGCACCAUUGACCUCUACACUCUCGACGAUCCCGCUCCACCACGCCGCCGCGUCAUCCUCACCAAGUACGACACCGUCAUGAAGGUUUUGACGGACUCGACCACGUUCCGGACCCCCUGGACACCUGGGAUCCGGGCCGCAGUGCCCGACCGCGACUUGACUGCGUUUAUGGUCUUUGGCGACGGGGAGGCGAAUGUGGCGAGUCGAAAGACGCUGGCGAAUAUUAUGAGGCGGUGUGGGGACGUGGUUGAGUUGACCACGGGGUUUGUGAAGGAGUUUGGGGCCGAGUGCUUGAAGGCGGCAACAUUUCAUAUGACCAAGACGUUGGAUCAGGUUGAUAUUAUCAGAGACGUCGCUAUACCCGUCAACGCCCGUUUAGUGGCCGACAUGUACUGCCUCGACCUGAUCACGGAUGAGAACCCCUCGGGCACUAUAUCGAACAGUGAGAUGUACAAGCUACUAAUGGACCUACGCGUAUGGUCCUUCUUGAACGUCGACGAGGCCCUGAAAUGGAAUCGUCGCCGCUGGGCCCAACAGGCGGCCGCCAAGCUGACUCGCACCACGACGCAGCUUUCGAGUACCGUGCUGCACGAGCAAAAUUGUCUGUUCGGCGCCCUGAACCCGCAUCUGUUUGGGUUGCAUGUCGAUCGGCCCAAUAAGACUAAGCCGGGGUCUAUGCGUGAGUACGGUCGUAGAUUCGUGACGGAGCUGGUGCAGACGGCGGGAAAGACGCCCGAGGAGACGGUGGAUUUGCAGUGGUUGAUGGCGUAUGGGGGGAUAGGGGGGCCGGUGACGCAGUUCGCACAAGUCCUCGAAUUCUUCUUCCGCCCCGAAAACCAAGUCCACUGGGUCCGCCUGCAAGACCUCGCCGCCUCCAAGGACCCCAGCUCCGACGCCACCAUCCGCAGCUACGUGCUCGAGGCCUGGCGUCACGUCGGGCGCGGCAAGGUUCUCCGCGUUUGCGCCAAGCCCACCACCAUCAACGACCAGAAGUUCGAGCCGGGGGAUGCGGUCGUUUCUCUGCUCGGUGAGGCACUCCGCGACCCCACCGCCGAACCCAUAAGCGACCCAGAGGCUUUCCUCCCCGGACGGCCUAAAGAGGCAUAUCGGUUCUACUUUGCUGGUCAGCACACGUGCUUGGGUGAUACCAUCUCCACUGCUUACAGCACGGCUUUGAUUCGUCUUGUGGCCGGUUUGAAGGAAUUGCGUCCCGCGCCUGGAGAGAUGGGAGAGCUCAAGUCCAUUUUUGUUGGCGGGGACCAGAUGUAUCUAAGUGAGAACUGGGCGUACUUGACGUCUGAUCCGACUAGUAUGUUUUCUUUGACCCUUUUCCGUUUUUCUUCGUCUUUUCCCCUUUCUUACUUUUAA